AUGUGUAGAGGCAUAGACAGAGAGCUCAACCACAUAAAUGGCAGUUCUGAGAUCUUCACAGAUGUGGUUUCCUUCCAUGGAAUUAUAGAACAGUUAGACUGUGAGCUUUGUGGCUCUCGGGCUUCACUGUACUGUCAAGCAGAUGAUGCAUUUCUAUGUCGAAGAUGUGAUAAGCGAGUUCAUAGAGCCAAUUUCUUGGCUUUCAGACACAUUAGGUGCUUGCUUUGUGACACAUGUCAAAAUCUGACUGAGAGAUGCAUUGUCAGAAAUUCAGAGAUGGCACUUCCGGUGAUUUUGAAUUCGAGACAAAAUGUGUUGGCUUUGUUCUAA